UUGCAAUUAUUCAAUGAUAAGACAUUGUGAUUUAAUGACUCAAAACUUGUUCAUGUUUUACCUUUCAGGUUAACGAUCUACCAAUGAAAACAUAAACAAAACCAAUUAUGCAAGCACUUUUUCGGCAAAAAUGCACGUGAUGAUGACAAAAAAACUGUGCACAUAAAUUUAUGCUUCGAUAGUAUCUAAAUUAUUAAGCAUGACUUGAUCUAGUUCCAUGCUGUCAUCAUCACUCAGAAGAUCAAGUCGCAUUUUUAAGAAAAAUAUGAACUGAGAAGUUAAAUUAAAAAAAAAAAGAGUAAGAGAAGAAAUAAAUUAAGUAAGUCAGUCAUAUCAUUACAGUUCAAUUGUAAGGAUAUUGUCACAGUCUGUAAGCAGUCGUUCAGCAAGUAAGACGAAAAACAGAGUCUUGAUGCUUUGAGCAAGGCAACAGUUCAGCAUUAGUUUGGUGACAACCACUGACUGGUCAAGUGAUAAAUAAACUAUUGUUAUUAAAAGUGAAUUUUAAAACUUAAAAAAACUUAAGAAAAAAAUAUUUGAAUGAAAAUUAUUAAAAAUUGAGAAAAUUAUAAACAGUGAAUAACUUCAAAUUUCUUAACUUAAUUGUUCUAAGAGCUCUUUUAUCCUUUUAUAAUAAAUUCUCAUCAUUUACACUACAAAUUCUCAGCUGUACACGUCAUCAUGACUCCAAAUCCAAAAGAAGAAGUUCCAACCGUGACAAAUAAAGCAGAAACUUUUGAAAACACCGUGUGCGAUAAAAAUUCAUUAAAUGUGAAUGAAGAGUCGCGAGAAUUUCCUGCAAAACUUCCGGGUCCUGAGUACAAAAUGGAGCUGGUGUGGAGAAAUAUCAUAAUUUUUAUAAUUCUUCACAUUUUGUGCAUUAUUAAUUUUUAUUUUGACAAGAAAUUGGAAACAAAAUUGUUUGCAAUGUUUUAUGCAUUAAUGAGUGGCUUUGGAGUGACUGCAGGAGCACACAGACUAUUCUCACAUAAUUCAUACAAAACUAACACAGCAUUAAAAGUGAUGCUGCUGUACUUCCAGUCAAUUGCAUUUCAAAAUAGUGUAUUUGAAUGGUCCAGAGAUCAUCGAGUUCACCAUAAAUACACUGACACUAAUGCAGAUCCCCACAAUGUCCGUCGAGGCUUCUUCUUCUCACACAUGGGAUGGCUCCUUUGCAAAAAGCACCCAGAUGUAUUUAAAUUUGGAAGUAGAGUCUCAAUGGCUGAUUUGGAAGGUGAUAAAUAUGUCAUGUUUCAGCACAGACACUUCAUACCGAUCAUGUUGGUCGCAUCUUUGGUGAUUCCAGUCUUUAUUCCGUGCUACUUUUGGAAUGAAUCGUUUUGGGCAUCAUUCUUGUUUGUUGGUAUUGUGAGAUAUAUUUUUACAUUGCAUAUCACAUGGUUGAUUAACAGUGCUGCUCAUACUUAUGGAAUGAAGCCUUAUGACAAAAACAUUUCCCCAUCAGACAGCUAUCUGGUAGGAUUUCUGGCCAUUGGAGAAGGAUGGCACAACUACCACCACGUGUUUCCAUAUGACUACAAAACAUCUGAAUUAGCAUUUUAUUCAUUUAAUCUAACAACUGCAUUCAUUGACUUCAUGGCAUGGAUUGGCUGGGCUUAUAAUCUCAAAACAGUCUCAGCUGACAUGAUUCGUAAACGAGCAUGUAGGACAGGUGAUGGAAGUCAUAAAUACUCAAAAGAAGCAGGAAAGUCAGAUAAACAACUUAUUGAGGAGUUUGUUUUGCAAAAGAGUGUCGAUGAAAAUGGAAAUAUGAUUCAGGGAUCUGAUGGGCUUAUUUGGGGCUAUGAAGAUGAAUUGAUGACUGAAGAUGAUAAAAAUUGCAUUAAAGUCUUGAAACAGCAUGCAGAUUAAAGACUUACUAUUAACUAAUUCCCAAUGGAAAUCUACUUAAGAAUUAUUAUGAUAUAAUUUAAUUAGCGUAUUUUGAAUAAUUUAUAUAUUUUUUAUGAGUUUUAAAAAUAAAUGAAAAUUUUACAUUUUUUCAUGAUUG